AUGAAAUAUGCUUGUCUUUGCUUUUUCAGACAAGCCAGAAGAAGCUCCCACAUCUCAAACCAAAGAGAAACAGCUACCACUUGCUCAAAGCCUUUCUGCGCCUUCUUUUUUUGGAGAAAACAACAAAGCGGAAAUCCUGCAGGAACUCCUCAAGUAUAUGUGUAAUGAGCCAGAAGAAGAUGCAGUUGGCGUUGUGACUGAUUUCUUAUAUUAUUUGCUACGAGACGGGUGCCUUAAAACUCUUGUCACUACUUGCCUUGCAUUACAGGGGCGACUGUAUUCUUCGGAAGAGGUUUGCUCGGCUGGUGAUGGCUGGUUUUUUGCCCUCAACUUCAUUUUUGAAUCUAUUGAUGAAAGGUGUCGCGCUAUGUACGGCGCCCCUCUGAUACGACCAGCGCUUGAAAAAUAACCACAUCGUCAGACAAUGUCCGGAAUUGCAUAAAUCCAGAAACUUGCGAAACGAAUGAAUCCGGGAACGAAGUCUCGUCCCAGUCCGAGUUACAAUGCGAAGAUAUGAUUACCCUUUGUAACGAGCAGUCAAGGGUGAGCAGGAAUGGGUCUCUACAGGCUGUUGAUUUUAGUGAAACAACAUGGUCUUCGUCAAGUAUCGUGCACCUACAGUGUCCUGAUAUGGUUGAACUUCAGAAAGAUAAAGCCAAUUUUGUAGUUGAUGGGAAAGCAAAUUCAUGUGAAGAAGCUAACUUUAAUUCCCAUAGCCCUCCUUGA